GGAACAUAAUAAUUGAGUUCAAGUUGCAGUUAAGUGUCUUAAAAUCCUUUUCCUUUGUCAUUUUUCCAUCAUUCUGCAUCCCAACUGUCACGACUGAUGCCCCCCGUGAGAACAUGCGACUCCACAAAUCACGACCAAAUUUCCUUCUCUCAUUCAAAGCCAGCCUUAUAAAUCACUUUCAAUAGAGCCGCAUUUUCUUACCAAGAUUAUGGCGAUGAUGGAGAAUGUUGUGGAAGUACCCGAGUACUUCCUCUGCCCGAUCUCACUCCAGAUCAUGAAGGACCCCGUCACCGUCGCCUCCGGCAUCACCUACGACCGCCUCAGCAUCGAGCAGUGGCUUUUUACGAACCGCAACACCAUCUGCCCCGUCACCAAGCAGCCCCUCCCCCACCACCACUCCUCCUCCUCCCUCACUCCUAACCACACUCUCCGCCGCCUCAUCCAUGCAUGGCUCAACCCCAACACACCACUCACUAAAGCCACCCUCACCAGUCUGAUUCAGGGGCUCAGCGUCCCUGAAUCAGAAUCCCAACUCCAGGCCCUCCAGAAGCUGGAGGGCCUGGCGCGGGAGAGCGAGGAGAACAGGGCCUACAUGGCCCAGGAUGAUGACCUGGCAAAAAAAUUGAUUCAUUUUGUGGUCUCCUUACGAAGAAACUCCACCGCCGUGGGGGCGGAGGAGGCUCUCCGCAUUUUGUACAUCCUCCGAGGAGGAGGCUCCGUCACGGAAGCAAGGGUUUUGAAAAUGGACAAUGCGGUAUAUUCCGAUGGAGAAAUCAUCGAUACGCUGAUGUGGGUUUUCGAGUGCGAUCGCUUCAAGGGUGACGACGGGGUCAGGUCACACGCGGCGCACGCGCUUCGGGCGGCGGUGGAGAAGGGCGGGGCGGGGGUGCUGGGGAGGCUGAAGCCGGAGUUUUUCAAGACGGCGGCGCGUGGGCUGAGGGAGGGGGGAGCGUGGAGGCACGCGCUGCUUCGGGUGCUGCUGGAGGCGUGCCCGUGGGGGAGGAACCGGGCGAUGAUGGUGGAGUCGGGGACGGUGUUCGACCUGGUGGAGGUGGAGCUGAAGGGGCCCGGGGAGAAGAAGGCGACGGAGAUGGUGCUGGGGAUCAUCUACCACCUGUGCCUGUCCGCGGAGGGGAGGGCGCAGCUGCUGAGCCACGCGGCGGGGAUCGCGGUGGUGACGAGGAGGAUACUGCAGGUGUCGGCGGCGGCGGAUGAUCGGGCGGUGCUGAUUCUGUGGCAGAUAGCCAAGUAUUCGGCGACGGAGGGAGUGCUGCAGGAGAUGCUCAGGGUUGGGACGGUCACGAAUUUGUGCUUGGUCAUGCUGGCGGAUAGUGCUUCGUAUUUGAAGGAGAAGGCGAGGAAGAUAUUGAGGAUGCAUUUUGAUGCGUGGAAGGAUUCGCCUUGCAUUGACACUGCUACCAUAACUAGGUAUACAAGCUGACUUUAUUAAUGCUUUUUCUUUGGGGACGAUUUAACCACUCAAAAUAUACGAUUCAAACGUUGUUAUAUCAGUUUGGAUUUAGAUAUGGGCUUUGUUAGGUCGAUCUUGAUGCAAAUUAUCUUGGAGAUUUGUUUCUGCUUUCUUCUUUUUUUCUUCUUAUACGUAGUAAAUAUCUUAAUCACAAUUUGUAGAAUUUAAUUA